AGGAGUGGGAGAGGGGGCUACACCUGAGAUUGAAUACUUGCCCGCGCCAUACUGGCGACAAGUUUGACAAUCAAUACGAUCCUCUCUGACAGUAUUCCACUUCUUACUAGCAUACAAAAAAAGGAAAGAUAAACAUGGAACAGGAAUAUAUAAAAAACACAAAGCAUACACAAAAGAGAAAUCUUUUGUUGCUGUUGUUUAUAUUCAUUGUCGGGGUUUGCAAGGAUAUCGACAGCAUAGCACGUGCACCUAGGGCAGGUUCUUCACCGUUAAGGGGGAGCUUAAGAUCACGUGAUACGCACUCUAUUCAAUUGUUUCUGACAGGAAAGGUCUUAGCAGAUACCAUCAAUGCAUUUGGCAUUGUCAUAACUUGAGAUACCAGUUAACUAAAAGCCUUCUUUAGGGUUGAACAAAAGGACAAGGUUGCUAUUUCCAAGCAGCAAACUAUUCUAGGAUAUUUUGAGACUUUACCAGGAAGGGCCAAUAUCGAAAUCCAGCACGAACCGAGAAACGUUUUUGCGAGGCAGUUGGCAUAAGGUGUGGCAGCAUUGUUGAAGCUUAAAGUCAUAAUGGAAGAGCACCCUUUUGAAGAAAAUGGGACGGAUGUCUUUAAACCCCAAUACUACUACAGUAGCUGGAAAACACAGGACGACUACCAUCCAUUUAUCGAGGCUUGUCUUCCGUUCGUCAAAGCAUUUGCCUACACGUGGUUCAAUUUGCAGGCGAGGAAGAGGAAAUACUUCAAAAAACAUGAAAUACGAAUGAGCCCACAACAAGAGAGAGAGUGCAAAGAGGAAUUAGAGAGCCAACCUGCAGAUCUGAAGCAAAAAUGGGCAUCCCGGUUACUUGCCAAAUUAAGAAAAGACAUUCGGCCAGAAUGCAGGGAAGAUUUUGUGGCUGCAGUUACUGGAAAAGGCUGCAAUCGUUGCGUCAUUUCAAAUCCAGAUCCAAAAGGGAAAAUGAGGAGAAUCGAUUGUUUGCGGCAGGCAGACAAGGUUUGGAGACUGGAUUUGGUGAUGGUCAUUUUAUUUCAAGCUUUCCCUUUGGAAAGUACGGAUGGCGAAAGAUUGGGGAAAACAAGUGUCUGUCGACACCAUUUGUGCGUGCAACCAAACCAUCUCUGUCUGGUUGUUAAAGAGCUUGACUUGUUUCUUACCAAUUUUCUGGUCUGUGUCAAUUCUGACCAACAAGCAGAACAUUCGCAGUCAGGUGAACCAAAUAUUGCCUUAACAGGGGUUUUCACAAGCAGAGAGCUGUUGAAGUACUCGAAAGGUAAGAUGCAAGCGACAAUUUUAUAUGGCGGUGGAAAGGCAAGUUUCUCUGACGGCGAAAAUGCAUUGCCGAAUUACGAGGAUGCGACCGUCCACCGAUCAAAUGGUCGAAUGCACCCUUAUUUGACGUCUCUUCAAAAGCAUCGCCACCAUGCAUCGUGGUCUUCCAUGGAAGAUGACGAAAAUAACGAAGAAGAAUGUCAUGCAACAGGAGGAGGAACCAGUGAUGGCGAUUCAGGCGUUGGAACACCAACAAGACUGAAAAUAGAGCAUGGCGUGCCUUGUGGCCAUAGCCCUCCAGCCAUGCAGGGAGGUGCAACUGGACUGUCAGUAGCAUCAUUCCUCUGCGGAGGUCAACAGCUGCAACAGCAGCAGACAAUCAUUGGAACAUACCAAUCUCCAGGAGGACACUUUAUUGGCAACCCUUCAUUCCAGCAUUCGGAUUUCCAGAGAGCAGCGUUAUUUGCCAGGAAACCAGACCUGCGGCAGAUGGUCAACACAUCUACAUUUCAACAAGCAAAUGAGGCCUACAGAAGAAUGCAGGGAAUACGGAGCCCAAGCACUGGGGAUAUGCCGGCCUCGUCGAACUACCACGAGACAGUGACACGAAAGAGCAGGUCAAUAACUCUGCCUGUCACUCUUGAGCGAUCGAUGAGCAUGGGAAAUGGAUCUCCUAUGGAUGUCACAUCUCACAUACAAGAGGAUCAGAAGCCGGACAUAUCUCCUCAAACAACAUUACACCAACAGUCAUAUGUACAAAUGGAGGCACAACAGCAACCACCAAUUUACAUGCAAUUUAACAGCCAGUACCCUGUCACAACAGCAAUGAUGAACGGCCACUCUCAUGCAAUGAGUGGCUCUCCGCUGACCACGGCAGACAGUGGCUCACCUGGGGUGCAGGCAAUUGCGGUGCAAGCCAGGAUGAGUGCCGCGUCGGGUAUACCAUUAGGUACGUCUGGAAUGUACGGGGAAGAAGGCGGGUUCACCGAUUUGUUCAAUGCAGCAGCUGCCUCCUCUGAGGAUUCUCUUUUGAUGGACAAACUUUUCCAAAUGUCCGGGUCGGAGAAUAAUGCUCAGACAUUGAACCAAAGUCGAUGAUGGGUUAGUUGCAGUCUCCAUUUGAUGUUCAUUCCUGCCUGAUUGGGAAGAACCGAGUUUCAUUUGACACCGGUCCGGAUUCGACUGCAUGGGCUCAUUGAGAUGUUUCUCGAUUUUGGAUUGAGAGCUCGUUAUUGAGAAUGAGCGUAUUACUAUGUUGAUCAUUGCCGGAUGAUAUAAAUAAGCCAGAUGACAUCACCUUUGAUAUAGAAUGAGAAAGCUCCCUUUACUUCAUAUGUGCCUGCUAGCUUACUUUGGCAGAAGUUGGUGAAUGAGCUUUAUCUGAAAGCCAAAAGGACACGAGCGAGGGGAAAAAACUUUACGCUUGCCAUUUUUGAAACCAGUAAGAAUACAUCAAAUGAAGAUUAUAUUUUAUUCAAAGAUGCUCUACGUAGUUUUCCGUUAGAUAUAGAGUCAAAGCUGGGUAUCUGGUAAUUAGAAGUAAUUUCUAGCUAAAAAUCAAGUAGAAGUUCAUAUCUGAUGGACAUAUAAUAUAACUGCAGAAAUACUUGGGGUACGUAGAACGCAAAAUAAAGGCACGUCAAAUUGUUUAAUUGUCCAACAAAGUAAAGGUGUGAUCGAAUGCCCCUGUUUAAUUUUUGUAUUUUGUAGUUGAUAUAAGUGUUGGAUAGGCUAGUUUUUCUGAAAACAUCAAUGUUACAGACAGAUUAUUUCCAUGGUUGACGACGUCUUUAGGUCUUUCUUAUCCAGUUGAUGACACCUUCAAGUUCAAUUUCGAAACACCUGAUCGCAAUGGGUUCUGCUUAAGCAUGGUGAAAGGCUAACGGGCUUUUUUGCGGGUUUAUCCUUUAAAUAGGCCCCAUUUGAAUACUGACCUCACCCUACGCCCAGUCAGUACCAUAUCCACACGAUGCUUCCUAUCAAAAUAGUCCCUCUAACCCUACACGCAUGCGUAACGUGUAACUUAAAACUGGCUAUUUGCUGUUCAUAAUGGAAGUAAAGUUAUGCAUCAAAUAAUUUGCAUACUUAAUGACGUCAGUACUCGUUAAAAUGUUGUAAUAUAUCGAAGAGGCUAGUGAUGUAUUUUAUUUAUAUGUAAUUUAUUUACUAGAUCCAUUAUUUUGUAGUUUUUUCUGUUGCAUAGCGUAAUAUGUUUGAAGUUUGAAGUUGUAAGUAAAGUGUCAUAGUUGGUAGUUAUAUCGUACUGAUAAUGCCUAGAAAAAGCAAUUUGACUGUCAUAGAUUUGAUUAUAGAAAUAUAAAGAAGAAA